UUGGGUGCAACCUCCUGCAUUAGUCUAUAUUCCACCCUUCCAUCCCUACCUCCUGCUGUACCUACCUAGUACUUUUGUACAGUAGGUAGCCACCACCCAUUGGUCGAGAUUAGAAUAAAGAUAAAAGAUCACCCUUGUCUUUAGCAGCAACGUUGACCAGCCACUGUCCAAAUCUAUUCACCUAAAAAAAAAGGCUUUGCGCUACGACAGACAACAAGCAAGCCCUUGGUCUCAAAAAAAAAAAAAAAAAGAGCUGCCCCGCCAUUUUCUUAUAGCUCCCCAUAUUUAUUCCGAAAUUUUUAGCCACCAGGAGGAGAGAAAAUCAAACUAUGUCAACCCAAGAAAGCUCUUAUGCGCCAAAGUCGCCCGACCUUUCAUCUUUCUAUUCCGGCGCAUCCUCUGACAUUCCUCAGAACCCCAACACCCCAGGCGGUUAUCCCUUUCAAGCCGGGUUUGGGGUCGGAGUUGGACCUACCUCUGCUCCCGGAACGUCUUUGAGAUAUAACAAUCAGCCACAGCCCCACCACCAUCAAUACAGUACAUAUCAACAACAGCCUGCACCACCUGCACAAGCACAACCCACCAGUGCUCCUACAUACAGUAAUAACACCGCUUUCAACCCCUACCCUAACUCUCAAGGCGGUGGACGACAACCACAGCACCAGCAGCAUAAUCACCAACAACAGCAACAACAAAGUCCAGGACAAUACUACUCUCCCCGACAACAAACACAAACACUACUUGCACAGACAAACACAUCGUCGCCUUAUUCUUUACAACAAACUCCGACUGCGACCGCCCCCGCUGCCGUUCCUUUUUACUCGUCCUUCUCCGAGUCUGCUGCACCUUACCACCAAUUACAAGCUCAACCUUCUCAGCUACCAACUUCACAACCUAAUUUACAAUCAACUCCGCAAUCGACCUCACAAUCAUCGGUUGCUCACGACCAAUUUCAAUCUCCAGAUUCUCCGAGCACCAUGCCGCCGCGAAAGAUCGCCCCGGCGGCAAAACAAGCCGAGGUGGAGCCCUCGCCCGUUAGAACGAAGUUCCCCACAGCACGAAUCAAACGCAUAAUGCAAGCAGACGAAGAAGUCGGCAAGGUCGCGCAGCAGACGCCUAUUGCCGUAGGCAAAGCUCUGGAAUUGUUUAUGGUACAGUUAGUUCGCAAGAGCGCUGAAGUUGCGAAAGAGAAGAAUUCUAAAAGAAUUACGGCACAAAUGCUCAAGCAGGCAAUAGGCUCAGCUAAUGAAUGGGAUUUCCUGGCUGAGAUUGUUUCCAAGGUUGGCGAAGAGAAAGAAGGUGGCAAGAGUACCGGCCGAGUCAAGCCCGAAAGCGAUAGUGACGAAGAGGUAGAUGGGGGUGAGGUCAAGAAGAAGGGAAGGGGUGGACGUAAGAAGAAGGUACCGGCAUAACGUUUUCUGGUACUUUCUUUGCAUCACCUGUUUUUCUUUCUACGGAUUAUACGACAGCAAUGAGGUCAUGAUGGAUGAUUUAGGCCGCUGGCGUUCACACCUGAAAGGCAUAUACCGGCGUUGGAGGUUUGGUGGCCCACCCUAAAUAGUGAUUGGGGAGGGAAUGACUUUGGACGGAGGCAUGCGAAAGCUUUUUUUUUUUUUUUUACAACGAGUUGUAUCAAUAUUUAAUCCCGGAAGGAAUGCAAACGUUGCCCUGUCCCAUUGAAACAAAGACUGGUCUUAUUUCUCGUGAUUGACAUUCGUGAUGCGAUUUAUGUUGUUUUUAUUCCAGCAAUCCAUUCCCUUUUCAUGUCUAGCUUUAUAGAAUUUUCAAUGCGUAUUGAUUUGGCGUGCAAUUGCAAUUUCAUCAAUGAGAUUAUCUAUGAAGAAGACUAGCCACGAUUCUGUCUAGUGCAUUGUCCAUGCUGCUGUGUAAUUAAUUAUAUGAAGUCUCAAUGAUUCGAUCGCGAUUGCUAUGUCAAUAUUUAAUCGAUUAGAUUAUUACAUACGUG